GCGAUUUAAAAGGAGGGCGUGCGCGGCAUUGCCUGCUCGCGUGGAGGAACGGGGGCAGGUCCGUCCACGCGCCCCCAAACCAGUAGGUUGGGACAGCUGGAAGUCAGCCGUUGUACAACAUGCUGCGAGUAAGUCUCUCACCCACCUUUUCGCUGGGAUUUCAUCUGUUAGUCAUCGUGGCUGUCUUAUUUUCCCAUGUGGACCAUAUAAGUGCCGAGACAGAAAUGGAAGGAGAAGGCAAUAAAACUAACGAGUGUACUGGCUCCUAUUACUGUAAGAAAGGGGUGAUUUUACCCAUUUGGGAGCCCCAAGACCCUUCCUUUGGGGACAAAAUUGCUAGAGCGACUGUGUAUUUUGUGGCCAUGGUCUACAUGUUUCUUGGAGUCUCGAUCAUUGCCGACCGGUUCAUGUCCUCUAUAGAAGUCAUCACGUCUCAGGAAAAGGAAAUAACCAUCAAAAAGCCAAAUGGAGAGACCACCAAGACAACGGUGAGGAUCUGGAACGAGACGGUUUCCAACCUGACCUUGAUGGCCCUGGGGUCUUCUGCCCCAGAGAUUCUCCUUUCAGUCAUUGAAGUGUGCGGCCAUAACUUCACCGCGGGAGACCUGGGUCCCAGCACCAUCGUGGGGAGUGCUGCAUUCAACAUGUUCAUCAUCAUCGCACUCUGCGUUUACGUGGUCCCAGAUGGAGAGACGAGGAAGAUUAAGCACCUGCGUGUGUUCUUCGUGACGGCGGCCUGGAGCAUUUUUGCCUAUACCUGGCUUUACAUCAUUCUGUCCGUCAUCUCUCCUGGGGUGGUGGAGGUCUGGGAAGGUUUGCUGACCUUCUUCUUCUUUCCCAUCUGCGUGGUGUUUGCUUGGGUAGCAGAUAGGAGGCUUCUGUUCUACAAGUAUGUCUACAAGCGGUAUCGGGCUGGCAAGCAGCGGGGAAUGAUCAUUGAACACGAAGGAGACAGGCCAUCCUCCAAGACUGAAAUUGAAAUGGAUGGGAAAGUGGUCAAUUCCCACGUUGACAACUUCUUAGACGGGGCUCUGGUUCUGGAGGUGGAUGAGAGGGACCAGGACGACGAAGAGGCGAGGCGAGAAAUGGCGAGGAUUCUGAAGGAGCUCAAGCAGAAGCAUCCAGAUAAAGAAAUAGAGCAAUUGAUAGAAUUAGCUAACUACCAAGUCCUAAGUCAGCAGCAAAAAAGCCGAGCCUUUUACCGCAUUCAGGCUACUCGCCUGAUGACUGGGGCGGGCAACAUUUUAAAGAGGCACGCAGCGGACCAAGCAAGGAAGGCUGUCAGCAUGCACGAGGUCAACACAGAAGUGGCUGAGACGGACCCUGUCAGUAAGAUCUUCUUCGAGCAAGGGACAUACCAGUGUCUGGAGAACUGCGGCACGGUGGCCCUGACCAUUAUCCGCAGAGGCGGCGAUCUGACCAACACGGUGUUUGUUGACUUCAGAACCGAGGAUGGCACAGCCAACGCGGGGUCUGAUUAUGAAUUUACUGAAGGGACCGUGGUCUUUAAGCCGGGCGAGACCCAGAAGGAGAUCAGAGUUGGCAUCAUCGAUGACGACAUCUUCGAGGAGGAUGAGAACUUCCUCGUGCAUCUCAGCAACGUCAAAGUGACUUCAGAAGCUUCAGAAGAUGGCAUACUGGAAGCCAAUCACGUUUCCACACUCGCGUGCCUUGGCUCUCCCUCCACGGCCACCGUGACUAUCUUUGAUGACGACCACGCGGGCAUCUUUACUUUUGAGGAGCCCGUGACGCAUGUGAGUGAGAGCAUUGGCAUCAUGGAGGUGAAAGUGUUGAGAACAUCUGGAGCUCGAGGAAAUGUUAUCGUUCCCUAUAAAACCAUCGAAGGGACCGCCAGAGGUGGAGGAGAAGACUUUGAGGACACCUGUGGAGAGCUCGAAUUCCAGAACGAUGAAAUUGUCAAAAUCAAUAUCCAAAAUAGAAGGCAGAAAAGAAUGCAGUUUCACUCAUUAGCAAUUCUAUAAUCACUUUGAUUUGUGUUUAUAAGAUACUUGAAGGGCAUGAACAAUACUUUUACAUUUGAGAAAUCGUAUUCAUUUCCUGUUUCCAAAUUGUUCAUACACUCAAGGGGCCAUUUAAACAUUAGGCUAUUUCUCUUGCAUAAUUUUCAUGAAUUUUCUUUUUCAAUUGAUAUAAAAUAUAGUACUCAAAAAUGGACUUUCUUUGCUGCUGUUAGCUGGUAAAUCAAUCUGUAUUAUUGAAUGCAAUGCCUAGUGAAACACCCCAUCAUGUGCCUGCAGUGGAUCAUAUCAUAGUUCAUGCGAACAUAACACAUCGUCUAUUUACAUCUGUUAUAUCCCCACCUGUUCACCCAGGGAUUAGUAAAUAUAAAUCUGCAUUAUAAACAAGGAAAGUUGGAAUGAAAUUUGACACAUUACACCUUUGUACACCUUUGAGUUCCUCCUUAACGGAUGUUGAUUUAUAUUAUGCUGUGCAAGGAUAUUAUACGUCAUAAAGCCUCAGACAAGCGAUAGCACAUAAGCGUUUCCUCUUGUAUUUGAUACGAGGCUCACGCGGUAUUUGUUGAAAAGGUGAAAAGUAAAUCAAAUAUGAAGUGUGAGUAACAUCUGAAUUCUUUCUAACUUUCUUAAGAAAAAAAAAGGGAUCUGGAGGAAGUUGAAGAGGGUUUAAAGGGGACAAAUGGUGAUGGAAAGACACUUGACCUGGGGUGGUGAACACACAAUACAAUAGACAGAUGAUGUAUGAUAGCAUUGUAUACCUGAGACCGACAUACUUUUAUUAAACAUUGUCACCCUAAUA